AUGGACUGGACAGAACUGUCCAGACGAGCCCGGCAAUGUCGGUAUGGGUGGAGUGAACACAACAACCACUGCUACAAGCUGAUGAACGAGAAAGUCAGCUUCAGUACAGCGAACCAAAGGUGCAAAGGAAUGGGCGCGAAUCUCGCUUCUAUCUUGGAGGGCCAGGAGAACAACUUCAUUGCAAAUGCAUCGUGUGAUGAGGUCUGGAUAGGUCUACAACACAACAUGUGGACGGACGGGUCAGCAUUUCCUUACAAGAACUGGGCUAAGGGUCAGCCUAACAAUCACUGGAUUAAGGGGGGAGAAAAAUGCGUCGUUAUCUACACAAAG